AGCCUUCACGCGUUUUUUCCGGCAAUGACCUCAACUGCAGGUCACCCUGUGAACUUGGUCGCUUGUCUGUUGUGAUCUCUCUUAAUGGUCAAAGAUAUGAUUGAAGGAAGAUGAAACUUAACAAGUUCAAGAUGGCUGCUGUGGCAAACGAUGCGGCGACUAUGUUAGCUGAAGCCUUACAGAAAAUGGAUGGUCUUAUUUCUGACGACCAACUUAUUAUGGAAAGCCUGAAGACCCAACCUCACGCUUGCUCGCCAAAAGAGAAAGUUGUUUCCUUGUUGGAGGAACUCAAAGGACUACUCGAAGAGAUUAAGGAUGAUGCAGUCGAGUGCACGAUCGAGAUUUCUGGUUCAACAAUCGCCUUUCUUACUGACUGGUUACAUUCUCCAAAGGUGACAUCCAACAGAGAUCUGCAAAAAGACGAACAGCAAACGAUGACGAGCGCUGAGAAACAUCUGUUGCAAAUCAGCAGACUACAGGACGAAAAAGAAUCUUUGAUCUUGCAAGUAAGCGUACUAACAGAUCAAGUGGAAGCACAAGGUGAAAAAAUAAGAGAUCUUGAGUUUACUAAGGAGGAGCUGCAGAUAAAAUUAGAAGAGGCUGAACAAUUCCUCGAGAGUGAGAUAAUUAAAACCACAAAUUUAUUAAAUGAAAAGUUACAGCUUGUGACAGAAAUCUCAUCUUUGAAAAGGGCUCCUCAUAGUACACCACAGACAGAAUCUAUAGGAUGCAAGGAAAACCAAGAGGCUCUUCUAGCUGAAAAAGAAAUGGAAAUUGAAAUGUUGAAAGAUCACAUUGAAGUCCUUCUUGAUGAGCAGGAAAUAGCUAGCAGAUCACAUCACAGUGAAGGUCAACCAGCCUCUGCACUUAAAUCUCAGCUCAGAGAAAAAGCUUCUGAGGUAAACCACCUGAAAAUGGAAGUUGAAACCUUAACAGUUGCCUGUAAGGAAAAGGAUAAAGAAUUUCAAGAACUUCAGCAAACUCUUGUGAAAUUCAAGAGAAUUGAAGAAAUGCUGAUGAAAGCAAAUCAAUCAAAGGAGUUGGAUAGUAGUCCAGUUGUUUCAUUGGAUGGUAUUGACAGCAGUAGCAUACAAAGUGCUGACAUGGUAACAACAACCAGCAGUACCAGCAGUCCAGAGCCAUAUGUUACCACUCCAAGACAGAGUCGAGCAUUGUUCACAGAAUCAUACACCCAAGCUGUAAACAAUCCAGUGACACCUAGCUUAAGAGCACUAAAGACAGAAACACCUCCAGCUAGUCCUGCAAAUAGGAAAAGGCAUGGAAUUAGGGCAUCAUUUGGCAAAGGACUGAUGAAGUUAAGAGGUCCUAAAAGCUCAAGUGAACCUAACUUAGCUGCAACAGAAUGUGAAGGAAACAAGUAUUCACAAGUUAAGGAAACCUCCAGAGAACAGGGAAACAUCAACUACCAGAAUCAUGAUGAAGAAAAGAAAACAAGCUUUAGUAAAUUUGGAAAAGCAAUUACUAAGCUACGAAGGACAAAAUCCCUGGGGAUGAACCCUGCUGACAGGCUGGCUGUUGUAGAGCCUGUUGAUCUGAAGAGUUACACAGGCUUCAGUCACAGUGAUUAUGGUGACCAAUUAGAGCUUCCAUUUAGUCAGUGGAGUAGACAAAUGGUGCUAAGUUGGCUUGAUGACCUUGGCCUAGGACACUAUUCAGUGCAAUGUGGAAGAGUGAUAACAUGUGGUCAGGACCUGCUUAAAGCAUCACCAGCUCAGCUUGAGAAAGACAUGGGAUUGAAGAAUCCACUCCAUAGGAAGAAACUACAGUUAGCACUUCAGGCAUUAGUUUCAGAUGGAGCUGAUGUGAUGGGGAGGCUGAGUAACCACUGGGUGCUAGGUUGGCUAGAUGACAUUGGCUUGCCACAGUAUAAAGACUCCUUUAGUGAGGGUUCCGUUGAUGGCCAUAUGCUAAACUAUCUCACAUAUAGUGACUUGCUACACCUCAAAGUGCACAACACACUUCACCACAUCACUUUAAAGAGAGCGAUACAGUGCCUCAGGUUACACAAUUUCCAUCCAAACUGUCUCAAGAGGCAUCCUGUGGAUGAGUCAUGGUUUAAAGGUGCUGAUGUACUGUUAUGGACCAACAGUCGAGUCACAGAAUGGUUGCGCUUGGUCGAUUUAGCGGAGUAUGCACCCAAUCUCCGAGGAAGUGGUGUACAUGGAUCACUGAUGAUACUGGAGCCACGUUUUACUGCAGAGAGCUUGGCAGCAUUACUGUCCAUACCAAGCAGUAAAACACUUCUUCGGCGACACUUGGCUACUCAUUUCCAAUCCCUUGUUGGGACUGCAUGUCAUAAAGUGAAGGAAGAGGCAGCGGGUGACCCGUUGUUUCAGCCUCUCAUGCCAGGAAUUAAGCAUAAGAUUGUCCGAAGAACAUCGUCAUUUAGUGCACUACGAAAGCGUGGGAAGGGGGAUGUAGAACUGGAUGACUAUGUAUGUCCUAUGGACCUAGAGGUUCCUCCAGCUUUGACGACAUUUGUGGUACAGCGAAGUAGACGCUCAGCUGAGCGAAAUGAUGAGUCUGGCUUACAAUCAAGAAUAAAACGUGAUGAAGAUAGGGAAAUUCAGGGUGAUGACCAUGUAACAGGGACAAUAGGAGCUUUCUCUCAGGAGCUUGAUUCACUUACACAUAUGUUGAAAGAGGAAAGGCACAAUACAGAUGAUGGUGCUUAUGAAGUUUAACAGGGUGGUGUAUAACAACUUAUCGUUGACUUUAAGAUAUUUGGCUCUUAUGGUUGUAAAGAAGCACAAGAAGUGUUUCUUUUGUGAAGAAGAUUCAAUCUUCCACUUUUAUGGUGUACUUACAGUAAAAUUUAUAAAGAAUUUGAAGCUAAUUACUAAGAUUCUCUAAACGCUGAGGUGUAUUUGGAAUCCUAAACAUUAUGAUUCAAACACCAAUCCAUUCACGGUGACACAUGUCAAGUCUCUAGUACGGAUUGUUAGAAGUAGGGAGUAUUUCAGAACUGCCUCAACUGAUAUGGUUUUGUUUUACUUCGUUUUUCCAGGCAGCAUGCAUUUUGCACACAGCUGUUUUACCACUCAGAUUCCCCGCUUUUUCCUUGCUUCAGUUCACAUCAUUUUACAGUGAGACAUUCCUAUUUGAUUUCACAGUGUUGUGUGCACAUUACAUGUUUUGUCUGUUUGUUUGUAAUUGUUUCAUCCAUUUAGGAAGAUUAAAUGAUAAUUAGUUGAACUGAAACUGCUCCAAGACCUUCCGCUCUUACCAGAAACAAAAUGAAAUUUAAGUUUUCUACCCACUUUGCAUCUAAAUUAUGCUAGUUUUGAAUGUGGAACAGACAUACCAUACUUGAGUAACCCUUAAGAUGUUGCAAGCGAUAAACCUCUAUCUUCCUCAGUUUGAUGUAAUAAGCAAACAAAAGAAUUGUAUGUCAUUGCUAGAAAUUUUUAUAGGUGCAUGAUACUCAAGGUCACAGAUCUAUUAUUUUUCGUUUAUGUACCAUAAAAGUGUUGCAAAUGUUACUUUAACUACAAAGUCUGGCUUGGAAUUAUAAGAUAAAAAAAUUUUUUAUUUAGAAAAUUGAUAUAAUACAAAAAUCGUUGUAAUGCUGGAGUGAAAUGCUCAUUGGUAAUUAGGUCAGAAGAAGCUAUAACGGCUUUAAUGAGUUGCCGUCUUCUCGACUUUUAUGUGCUAGAAUUCCAUUUGCUUUAAGAAUCAGAUUGCCAAUUUUUAAUCAGAUGACUUAAUUAUGACUUCUAUUUUUAUAAUAAAUGUGGUUGUUUCAUUAA